UAGGAUUGUUUUGAUCCCGGCUGUCAUUUGAUCUCAAAAAUAUAAAAAACACGGCAAGUGAUACUCAAAAUGCAUAGCAUUACAAAGCGAUCCGUAUCAUUCAUAUUGUUGCCGUACAAUCGAAAAUAUUGCAUUUCAGCAGUGAACAUAUUCGAUAGAAAUGUUAAGCGAAUUCAAAGAGAAAGAGCCGCCAAAAGGGAGGAUGUGCAACUCUACGACUAUAUCAAGGAAGAAGUUGGAUACAGACUGUCGGAUCGAAUAUUCGAUGUGAAGCGCCAAUUCAAAAAUGUGGUAGAUUUGGGCGCUAGCCGAGGGUACGUAGCAAACCAUGUGCUUGGCGAGACGGUCGCAAAGCUAACAGCCGUAGAUCUGAGUCCUACAAUGCUUUCACAAAUCAAGGGAACGCCGGGGCUGGAUUUCAGCGUACGGGAGAUGGACGAGGAGAAGUUUGAUUUCGGUUCGGAAAGUUUAGACCUGGUGGUGUCCAGUUUAAGCUUGCAUUGGGUUAACGAUCUUCCUGCGUGCUUCAAGGCCGUUAACAAAGCGUUGCAACCGGAUGGGGUAUUCAUGGGAGCAAUGUUUGGCGGGGAGACUUUGUACGAGUUGCGGUCUUCGCUUCAGCUUGCCGAACAGGAGAGGAGGGGCGGCCUUUCGCCGCACCUAUCACCAUUCACGGAAAUACGAGACGUGGGAAUGUUGUUGAAUAGGUCUAACUUUACGAUGUUGACAAUCGACACGGAUGAAAUUGUGGUAGGUUAUCCGUCCAUGUUCGAGCUAAUGUGGGAUUUGAAAGGAAUGGCAGAGAGCAAUGCUAGCUUUAGUAGACCGCUACGUAUCGAUCGCGAAACCUUGAUGGCGGCAGCGGCAAUUUAUAAGGACAUGUACGCAAAAGACGAUGGUGUGACGGCCACUUUUCAGGUGAUUUAUUUUGUGGGAUGGAAACCGUGCCCUAGUCAACCCAAACCACUGGAAAGGGGCUCAGCAACGGCUUCUCUUAAGGAUUUGGGUAAGCUAAUAGAUCCAAAGCAAUCGAAAUAAGAAUUAAUAGUCAACAAAUUUUGUUAUUUAUAGUUUAUUAUUGAGUUGUCAAUAAAGCUUAAGCACGCUAAGCAUGUUUAUCAAACUA